UAGUAAAUGUGAUUGUAGCUUUCUCCAAAUUGAUCCCGUCUCGCGAUCCAAACCAGCACAGCUUUUCUUCUAAGCUGGUUAACGACCCAAAUAAGAACAAAACCCUCGACAAGAGUUGUUCCAUCACCAUCACCAUCAUCACGCCCCAAGGAACUUCGUACUACAUGGCAAAUCAGCAACGACUUCCUACAUCCAACACGGGCUACUAGGAUCAGUAUAGCUUCGUGUCUGCCCACCAACACCUGAUCUGAUCAAAUGGACUCAAAGUUACACCGCAAUGCGAUUUUUUUGUCCUACCUCGGAUUCGUUACGAAGAUAAGGUCCAUAGGGACCCCGAGGUCCUUGAGCCCCAAGGCUUGAUUGACAAGCCGACAGGCCUAGUCCCGAGACUCUUGUUCUAUCAUGGAACAAGCUAGCUACCUCAAGAAGACGCGGGCACUCCCAGGGAUUGCGCGAAGGGCUUCUGCCAAGCCACGGGACGCGUGCUUGCCUAAGCUGGACACCGAAGUGGUCCCGGACUUGUCGGUCGCUUCAUCGCCGGCAAUCCAGACCUCGGCAUCUACGCCAACCCUGACGGGAAAGAGGAACAGUAUAGCGAGGUCUCUGCGUUCUCUUGGGCUGGGCUCGCCCAUAUCUUCACCGACAGCCUCGUCGACAUCGGUGUUUGCUACCUCAGACGGCGAGUCGGUAUCUCCGCUGCCAAGGACUCUCAGAAAACACAGGACCGUCUCUAUCGACUAUGGCCGCAGCCAGCUGGGUCGGCGAGAGUCCUCUCGAUCCAUCUUCACCACCAGUGCGGGCUCGCAUGAGACUACAUCGGUCUCUCAGAGCUCCACCAACAGCAUCGAUGGGAGGAUACAGUGGCAUCUGCAGCAGGUCAAAGGUGUCUUCAAAAUCAUCAUUGAGCAGCAUUUCCUGCGUAGUAAAUCGGCAUAUGUUAUUGUCACCAACAACUACAUUAUCAAGGUCAAAGGCAUUGCCGAAGUCCAUGCCUUGUUUCCAUCGCUGCCCCCGGACAUGCUCCCCGGUGGUCCUACGCCGGCAUCCAAAGCCGAACGCCCCGCAAAUCCCGAGGUGUCCCAGUUCAUACCAAUCGAGUCACUCGUCUCUGCGUCCAGAGCUGAGAGCUCGAGGCCUUACUUUGGCAUAGAGCUCUGGUGGAAGUCGACCUAUUCACUCGCUGCGUUUGGAGCUUGUCAGUUCUUUGCAGAAGACCCCACGAUGAGGGACCUGAUGCUCGACAGCGUUCAUGCGGCCGUGAGGAAGAAGGACGACGCCCACUUUGGUGUUCCACGUGUGGCACACGAGGUAGAGGAGAAGAUUUGCGAAAUUUCUCGACGUGAGGAACCAGAGUAUCCGUUGCUACGGCCAGAGAUGUUCCCCGUCGGCAUCAGACUGGCUGACAAUGCGAAAUGGGCCGAGAACGAGUCCUUUUACUUUGCGAUUGGGGUGAACCUAUGUUAUUUUAUCAAGGCAGCACGACCAGCAGAUAACAAGGGGCUGAUCGCCACAUAUGCAAAAUAUGGAAUCAUGAAUCUUGAAUGUGCUAACGGCUGCUGGGCGCCACGGGAAGACCGGUUUGAGCUACGAUUUCGAAAACCUCUCGAAGCCAAGCCAACGUACCUGCACGUAUCAAGCCGGUUCUCCCACCACAUAUUGCAGACACUAUUGAAGGCAGACGAGGCCCUCAGACCAUGCUGGCCUAGCAGUCUUCGACGAACCCAGGUUUUUAGGGUCGACAAGCUUCCGCAUUCAGGGGUCGAUGUCGAUGUGGCAACAGGAACGUCGACCGAGUUUGGCGGACUCCACAGAACACACAAGGCCUUCUGCGCCGCCUUUGACUGCCAGCCAGUUGCUUGGGAAAUGCGCCUUGACGGCGGCUUUGGUCCCGAGUUGCGCGUCCUGCCACCUCGGGACGCCAGACCCUCCUACGAGCCUCUCGAGCUGAUGGCCCUGCUGAGGGCUAUCCGCUACAACCGCUUCAUAGGCUCCAUAUCGCUCCGUGGUGUUAGUCUCAGGUGUCUUUGGGAUAAAUUUGAUAGCUCACGGCCGGAAUCAGUGGCUUACAUGAACCCAGAUGAGACCAUCAUCAGCUCUAACCUCUGCAAGCAUGUGCAGAAAGGAUCAGUCUUGUCUCAGGAGAUCCAUGCUUUAGCACUCUGCUUGCCUUCACUAACACAAAUCGACUUGACCGACACUCUUGGCGAUCUUCCACUUUCACCACAUAAAGACCCAGACCUAGGCAUACUAUUCCCUAUCAUAAAUCUACUCAGUGUCGGUCUAACAGCCUGCAAUCGUAUCCUCGUGGCUGGGUGUCGUCUGGGAUCGGGUGACGUUGCGGCGUUGGUCUCGGGCUUAGAUCAGAGAAAUUCCGUUGAUGACGGCUUACAGUUUGGAGCCGAAUUAAAAGCUCUAGACGUGUCGAGAUGCUCCCUGUCUAGUGGUGAUCUCACAGCUAUAGUCGAAUCUCUCAUGAUUCAGUCUCGAUCACUUGAACUUCUCGAUAUUUCCCAAAACAUGGGUCGCAUUUUCCCUGGCACCAUUUCUAGAUUCAUCGAGGCUAUGGCUGACCUGCGCAGCUUGAAUACUUCCGACGCAGUAAUCGGACAGGAUGAGACGAAUCUUUUGUCGUACGAAAGCCUUGGGGGGUUCAGAAGCAUCGAGCGUAUAAACAUUUCAGGGUACAAGAUGACACUGGAUACGGAGAAGGCUCUUAUAGCCUUUCUCGAGAUCAAGGCCAUCGACCAACGCCAAAAAGGUGGCUUCUCAAUAGCAUCCCGCGGUCUUGAACGAAUACAACUCGACAGCUGCGGAAUCGAUGGACAUCGUGCCGCACGUAUUAUCAGUGCAGCUUCAGGACUUCAGGGGCUACACAUCCAUCUAAACGGAAACCCUAUUGAUCAAGGGGUGGAAGAUCUCGCGUCUGCCAUUGCAUUUUGUUCCGAAGGGAGCUUCGGGUUGCACUUGGACAUGAUCGAGUUCAACAGAGUUGAAGGAUAUGUACGGCUGCUCCAGGCCAUAACCGUAUCCAAACGCUUCAUCUACGUCUCCUUAGCGGGAACAGCCCCUCCACCUCUACCCAGUGCGGUCUGUACACCCGCCGUUUCGGAUGCGCUGGAGCAGCUCUUCGCCCUAAACAACUCCAUCAGAGUUCUGGAUCUUUCAGGCUACGCCGGCAAGCUUGACGAGGGGCAGCUGGGACGCGGAUUCGGCCGCGCCUUCAGGGGUCUCAGUCGCAACGGCACAAUGCGAACCCUCAUCCUCCGCAACCAAAAUCUCAGCACAGAAGUCGGCGACCUCGGUCUCGGAAUACAAGAGAACCGGGCGCUGCGUCGACUAGACAUCCGAGGGUCCGAGAUCAACCUGACGGCCCUGUUGUUCCUGCGGAGAUCCCUCAAGUCGAACCGCACCAUCGUCCAGCUGCCCUUUGGCAGGGAGCAGCAGGACCGCCUCCUCGAGCGUGCGGUUCACAACGUCCCGGAGCCGGCGAGGACGGUGGCCUUGAGCGACCUCAGGCUCGAAGUUUUGAAACAGGCCGUGGGCAUCCAAAAGAUCAUCGCGCGCAACCGCAAGGAGGCUGAGAUGGUCGACGACGGUGACCAAGUCGCAGGUAUACUGCUGGGCGCGGAACCCGAUCACGGCCUCGACAUCGACGAGCAGGAUGAGGACGGCUUGUCCUUCUUGCAGUACUCAGCGCGGCCGUUGCGUCGUCAGAGCCGGUGCGUCAUCUCCUCGCUUACUGAGCCCGAGGUUUUCACCAAUCCUUAUCGUUUGAGUGACUUGGAGGAGGCUAUUGCGAGUGCGGGGGGCAGUAUGGAUGUGUCCCCAGCCCGCCAUCCUUAGCAGUUGACGUAUUGGGGAGUUUUGUCUCAGGCUUUUGCUUUUGUUUCCUUUGGAUUAUUUGGUGAAUUUCCUUUCUCUAAUAGUAUCAUAAGAGCGUAGCAUUGACCUUGACACUAUACCCAACAUCUGAUUUGGUUCUGCGAGCGCGAAGCGUCUAUAUUUCUGCACCAAAGGGGGAGCGGGAAGGAAAUCUUUAGUACGAACCUAGAUUACAAACCUAGAUAUGAGUUGCGGAUCAUGAUGGACAUCAUGUGGUAUUUUGUACAAGUCACAAAUGUCAUCAUAAUUUGUACGUAUAGAAGAUACUCCGAAGGUUAAAAUGGAAAAUGCUGAAUUAUAGCCAA